AUGGCGGUUCAAGUACGGCUCUCAACAGCCGAUCAGCGAAGGAUCCUGGCAGAGUUGAAGAGAGAGAGCAGAGCCAAUGCCAGAACAUUGGACAAGAGGCUGAAGAGGAUGGAAGCCCCGAAAGGCCCAAAGGUGGAACCUGAAGAAGGCAAAGAAGGAGGACCCUCUACGGCCCCAGAAGGAGAUCUUGGGACAGAAGUCAAUCCUAUCCAAGUUGAAGACGAUGGGGACGACGACUUCGAUGGCGAGCUCUACGACUCCUCAGGUUUGGAACGGGUUAUGCCCAUUGUUACUAAGUACACGCUAGAUGAUCUGCUGUACGUAGCACAAGUGGUAGCCCGGGAACACUCCAAUAGUUCGGUCUUUGGCUUCACGACGGAUCUAAGUGACACUGGUACAGCAGACCAGGACGUCAUUAAUACCGCCGUGGCAGAAACGUUGAAGAGAUUGGGUAUUAAGCCCAAGAGAGAAGAGCAGCAUGUGCAGGAGGCUGGACCCCAUAGAGGGAGUCAAAACAUGCCGCCGGGGAUGUACCAGUGGGCAGGACCUUCUAAGUCGGACAACGAUGGGUUUAAACUCAUCUUGGAAAGACUGGACCAACAAGAGGCCAAAUGGAAGGAUACCCUCACGGGUCUCAAGAAAGAGCAAAAAGAACAACUGACGGAGUUUGAGACGAGAAUGGAGGCCAAAAUCGACAAGAGGUUGACCGACCAUUCUCAGCGAUUCAACUCGCACAACUCGUCAGGAGGAAACCCCAUUGGUCAAUCCUACGUUCCGCCGGGAAGAAGGAACUACUCGAACUCGGGUUCCUCAGGCGGAGGAUACGUCGACUUUUCGCGUCGACCAGGUCAACAGGGCUACAGCCAAGGCGUGUGGCGAAACGGUGACUCUGGUGGUGGAGAGCGACGAGGAGUGACUUGCUGGUUCUGUGGUGAGCCAGCUCAUGCAGUUAUGGGCUGCAAAAUUAGAAGGGUGAUGUUGGAUACGGGUCGUAUUCGUCAUGAAGGUGGCGAUUAUCGUAUCCUCGAAAGUAAUAGAAUUAUUACGCCCUUCAGAAAUGGGGAAGAAUUUACUCUCGACCUCAUUAGAAAGAGUAUGGAGAGUAGCGGCCAUACGUUGGACCUCGACGCGAUUAAGCGCGAAGCCCAGUACAUACAAGAGGAGCCGCCGGAACAUAGGUGGAGGGAUCCGUUAACGGGUCAACCAACGCAAGAGCAGUUGGUACAUGACCUUAAGGAACGGGUUAGCCAAUUGGAAACGGAGAAGGCACAGAGUUUGGGGUCGGCGCCUAACGACACGUCCGCGGAAGCGCCCGUGACAGACGAAGAAAAGGCAGCGAUGUGGAACGCCUUCCAAGUGUUCUACCAAAAUUCGCGUCGACAAGAGGGUUUUCAAUGA